AUGGUCUUCCAGGAGCUGUGGGCCAUCAAUGCAAUGGCUCCCCCAAACCCUCAGCAGCCAUACAACCGCAAUAUAAGACCCACACUGCGAGGUCCUCAGCGAUACGACGGCGCCGGUGAGCGGCAGAUACAACAGGCUGGUCGGUCAGCAACGAACCUCAAUGCGCAGGCCUCAGCGCAGUCAUUCCGGGAAGCCUCACGGCCCGGCUCUACGGACAGAGUACCACAGGUCCUACCACAGUCGCCCUCAGAGCACGACAGCAGACAGCUAGAAACAUCAGACCUAUCUCCAUCAUCACCAUCAUACCAAAGCGGUCCAGUCUCACCCUACGCACCUCCCGUGUCCUCGCCGUUGAACCCGACGCCGUCGAACUCAAGUGGAGGCAAUGAGAGCAGAAAGGGCAGCCAUGGCAGUGCCGGCAAUGUCACAGAGCCGUCAAGUCCUGUGGAAAGCAGAACUGCGGUGGCAGCAGCGGCGAGCUCGUCACUUCCAUCGGGUGCACAAACGCCUUCCCAGCCCUUGCUGAGACCUCCAGAAAUGUCGCACAACGAUUCAACGACAAGUCUGGCGCGAGUGUCUACGCCUCGAUCGGUGCGGGAUCUGGGAACGGACUACGAUCGAUACUACAACCCAUUCGCUACACAAAACAACUCGAGAAACAACUCGCAACUAGACCUAUCGUCAUCUUUACCACGAUAUAAUUCCUCCUCGCAACUGCAUGCACAAGGUGCAGUCACUCCGGCUGAUUUGGCGUCACGGCUUUCGAAUCCGUUCAGAGACAACAAACGAGCGUCGAACCCGUUUCUUUCAGCGAACAACACAGAACCGUGCACUCCGGCACCCGAGAGGGACUAUCAAGAGAAGUCCGAUGCUAAGGCUCCGGUGGUUGGCGUGACUGCAAUACCUCCUAGGAGCGGGACACCAGUCUUUAUCAGCAACGCUGAUCCAGAAAAAGUACCCUUCUAUCCUUGGGUGGACGAUCGGCUUAGUGCGCCGAACCAGUACAUGCUUUAUGCCGACCAGAAAGAGGACGACGAUGACAUGCAUAUGCCAGCUUGGGACGACGACAAGAAGUUCAAGCCAACAUUGAGGGAACGAUUCAACAAGGACAACAUUAUCAACACGAUUGGUAUGAUCUUCCUGUUGACAGGGUUGUUCACAGUCUUUAUCAUCCUGCCUGUGGUGUCAUACACCGGUACGAGCUUGAUUCCUUACAGCUACGAGACGCCGCUGGACCAAAUGCCUGGCUACGGUGAUGAAUCCCAAGCAUGGGCGCAUGUGAAUGACAAGAGUUAUCCUCUACUCACAAACAUCAGGACCGGCUUGAUUGAUCCAGACACUCCAUCUUCGGCUAAGACUCGCAAGAGUACUGAUGGAGACGAUCUUGUUCUGGUCUUCAGCGAUGAGUUCAAUGAGAAGAACAGGACCUUUUACCCUGGAGAUGAUCCAUACUGGUUCGCACCAGACAUCUGGUAUGGUGCCACGCAAGAUCUUGAGUGGUACGAUCCAGAUGCCGUCAACACUGGCGGCGGCACUUUACAGCUCCAGCUUGACGCCUUCAACAAUCACGGUCUUCAGUACAGGUCAGGUAUGCUGAAUUCUUGGAAUCAGCUAUGCUUCAAAGGCGGCGUCUUUGAAGUGUCCAUGAGUCUGCCAGGACCCGCUGGUGUGCAUGGCCUGUGGCCAGGCGCUUGGACGAUGGGCAAUCUUGGCCGACCAGGCUACCUUUCCACAACGGAAGGCAUGUGGCCAUAUACUUAUGACAGCUGUGAUACCGGUAUCACACCAAACCAAUCUAUGACCGAUGGCACGAGUUUUCUGCCUGGCCAAAGGUUACCCAAUUGUGCUUGCUACGGCGAGGACCAUCCGACUCCAGGGACUGGUCGUGGCGCACCUGAAAUCGAUAUCGCCGAAGUCAGCGGAGAUUGGGGAGGUUUGGGAGUAGGAGUUGCGACGCAGUCCUUCCAGGUCGCGCCGUUUGACAUCUUCUACUACCCAAACUACGAGUUCAUGGAGACACCGCAUUACCAGUUCAGCUUCGUGAACACCUACACUGGAGGUCCUUUCCAGGAAGCUGUAUCAACGACAACGAUGCUGAACAACGACUGGUAUGAUGGCAAAGCAUACCAGAAGUAUGCCUUCGAGUAUGUGCCUGGAGGAGAUAAGAAAUCCCACAUUACAUGGUUCGUUGGCGACGAUGAGAUGAUGAAGUUCGACGCUCGAGCUAUUGGUCCCAAUGGCAACGUUCAACAGCGUCUGAUCGCCGAGGAGCCUUUGUCUAUGAUCCUCAAUCUGGGGUUCUCCCAUAGUUGGGUUAACAUCGACAUGGCCAACCUCCGCUUUCCGACGGUCAUGAGGAUCGACUAUGUUCGGUGGUACCAGAAGCCAGGAGAUGAAAUGGUUACAUGCGAUCCUCCUGGCUACGAAACGACCGACUACAUCCGCAGACAUCCAGCGGCAUACAACAAUCCCAACUACACACGAUGGGAAGACGCGGGCUACUCAUGGCCGAAGAACACCCUCGUGCACGACUGCAAAGGGUGA